AUCAAGAAAAGCCAUCAUAACUGAGAUUCUAUGGUUGUGCUCUUUAAGCUGUAAAUCAACCAGUGUGGACUCCCAGUGGACCAACACACUCAGCUCAACGGCCAUGGAAUUCGCUUCCUGCUCUAUUCUCAGGCCUCAGUCCUUCUCAACCAUCUUUCACGAUACCAGCUCUCACCUCUACGCUUUACCCAAGAACCAUCUCAACUUGCCCUCUCCAUUUUCCCCGGCUCUCCCAAAAAACUCAACCUUUCCCGGAAAAUGUCUCCACUUUCAUCGCUUCACUGCUUUCAGCUCACUUUCCGGCGCCGAUGGGCAGAACCCAUCUCAGGAACUCGCUGUUCUUCUUGAAGUUGACGGGGUUCUUAUGGAUGCGUAUCGUUUGGGUAACCGCCCAACCUUCAAUGUAGCAUUUAAAAAGCUCGGGCUUGACUGUGCAAACUGGACUGAACCUGUUUAUUUGGACCUCCUAAGGAAGUGUGCUGGUGAUGAGGAAAAGAUGCUGAUCAUGUAUUUUAAUCGGAUUGGUUGGCCCUCGUCAUUGCCCACUACUGAGAAAGAAUCAUUCAUAAAAAAUGUUCUGCAAAAAAAGAAAAUAGCAAUGGAUGAGUUUCUGAUGUCCAAUAGUUUACCUUUACGACCUGGACUUGAAGAAUUUAUCGAUGAUGCAUACAAUGAAGGAAUACCUGUGGUCAUAUUGACAUCAUAUAGUAAAAGUGGGGAUGCAAUUUCCAGAUCCAUCAUUGAAAAGCUUGGCCAAGAAAGAAUUUUGAAGCUAAAGAUUGUUGGAGAUAAGGAGGUGGAAAAGAGUUUAUAUAGUCAAGUAGUAUUUGGUAAAGUCUUUUCUUCAGGUGUGGAUGAGGAACUAGCUAAGGAGGCAAUGAAAGCAGUUUCUGCUGAGAAACAAAGGAUUGCAGAGGAGGUUGCGUCAAUGCUAAAGUUGAAUGUAGAGAUUGAUACUACCUCAUCAGAAAGCUUACAGAAGAUCAUAGCUGCCUUGAGGGCAGGGGCAGAAAAUGCUGGACUACCUGUCUCCAAUUGUGUUCUAAUUGCAGGAAGCCAGUCAGGAGUGGUAGGAGCUCAGCAAGUGGGCAUGCCAUGUGUUGUUUUAAGAAGCAGUUUGACGGCUAGAGCCGAGUUCCCUUCAGCAAAUGCGAUAAUGGAUGGAUUUGGAGGAGCAGACCUAACUAUUCCUAAACUUAAAAACAAGAAAUGGUUAUGAAAUUAACUGAGUCGUGCCUUGUUCCUCAUCAAGUGAGCCUGCAAGCACAUCAACAGAGUUGCAUUAUAUUUCAACCAGUUCAGUGAUAUGUUGGGAGGGAUUUAUCUCCCAAAAUGGUAUCUUAAGCACCAAAUUUCUGUGUGUAUAUGUUGCUGUAUCCUACUUUUCCUUCUCAUGUCACUUGUUUGACGAUUCUUGCUGGAGUUUGGCCUGUUUGCAGGUCACCCCUGAAUCAUUGGAUAUCUUUUGAUGUGAUCAAUAGUUGAUGUCUCAUAGUUAAAUUCCAUCCUUUAA